ACACAAACGCCAAAUCGAGAUAAUUCUUCUAAAGCUCCAAAUAUGCAACUCCACAGGUUUGUGAUGGAAAUGGCUGGACGAUUUAUGACGGGAGGGGGACACUCCAUAAGCGGGGGUGGGAGUGGAAGGACCGGCUAUGAAAUUGAAGACCCCGGCGAUUUUAUACGAGUACGGGAAGCGGGGGGAAAGAAGGGCUAUAUUAGAGAACUCGAGCAACUCCUAAGAGAAUCCAACACUGCGAAUUCCAAACUAGAAAGAGAGCUCCAGAACAUAGAACGCGAAAACAAGGACCGUAUUCGAGGACUCGAGAAGCGCCUAAAGGACUGCGACGCCGCGAAUUCGGAGUUAGAAAGAAAACUCCAGGACUUAAAACACGAAAAGUCUACCCUCUCUAAGGAAUACCAGAACGCACUUGGACAGCUCGGUACAGCUAAGGACACGGCAAAACAACAUCGAUACAAGUGUAAAGAGAUUUCUGAACGUCGUGACAAGCUCCAUACGCAGUGCAAUGACCUUCGUGUGAAGAAUGAGGGAAUCACUAUGGCAAACAAGAAGCAAGAACGAGAGAUAAAAGCCCUGAGGGAUAACAAUGCCAAGAUCACCGAGGAAUUGGAAACACGAAUUGGGCAACUCAAUAAGAUUACAGGGGAGAUUGCACGACAAAACCAGCAAGUCAACACCCCUGCAAUCCGAGACGAUGAGUACUUUGCGAGAGAAUUCGCAAGUCUUGCAAAACACAUACGCAAUUGGUCGUUUACGCACCUUUUCCAUCACUCAAAGACCUUUGUUCCUACAGUAGUCAUCAGGGAUCUCCAGGGUGCCAUUGGUGGAAUCGCAAGUGGGUCCAACCUACCUGAGAUAUUCAAGGAUCGCGCCGCAAGCCGCCGGGUGGUCUCUGGACUGCUCGCUGACUGGCUGAAAGAGCAUAUCUUCGACCCUCCACUACUUGGUUUAUUGCCAGGGUCGUUCCUCCAUUUUGAGGAAAGGAUCAAAAAGACUGGUAACCAAAAGAGCCCUUGGUUAUUGCAAACGAUAAGUUUAUUUGUCCAGGAUGAGGAAUUCAAACGGGUUCUAAAUGAAAAAGUUUGCAUUUCGUCCAAAGGGCUCUGUGAGAGGUUAGGAGAACUAUUGGCCGAGUCGGACGAAUCCAAAGUCUUCAAACGCAACCAAAAGUUGCAAGCCAUAGUCGAACGGGCGGCCAAUCUAGCGGUAGAAGUUUCACAACAACCCUACUGGUUCUGUUUCGCUACCAUAGCUCCUGGGGAGCAGUUUUCCCGGUACGCCAUGGAAGAUGUUGGGACAGAUAUGUCACUGGAGGAAGACGAUCCAGGUACCUGCGAUGACGAUUGUAGAGUUUCCUUAUCGGUUUUUCCCUGUGUCUACCGCUAUGAGCUCGUUGAGGGCGAGAACCGACCUGAAAGCAUUGUGAUUCAUCGGGCUUGGGUGACUGUCGAGACGAGGGAUAGUGAUAAGUGUGUCGAGCAAACAGAUAAAAAUAUAACGAACGAAGAGGCAAAUGGUGGUAUGGAACCCGGGGUGGAAUGUUCUAGUGGGCGCAGUGGAAGGACGGAGGCUCUUGGAGGAGAUACGGGGGCUCAAGGAAGAGAGAGGGGGGCUCAAGAAGGGGAAGAGAGUGGGAAUUCUCCGGAUCCUAGCGCGCCGGCCACUCAAAACGUUAUAUCUACGCAAUCGACCUCCCCAGAAUCAACAGGAGGGAUGAACCAUGAGGCUGAUCUAGCAGCGGAUGUAGACCUUGGCCACGAAAAAAUGGAAAGGGAGUCACCAAAUUGAUUGUAUCACGACAAUGAUGUACCCUAGUUUAUUCCUCAUUAUUCAGUUAUUUUGCGGUAAAAUCUA